GAACGUGUACCAGACAAAAGUUUGCACAUACAACCCUGCAGUCUUUCAAAGGCAAAUAUCAUAUACAUUUAUUCUAAGUAGGCGCAGAAAAGAUAAGGUAAAUCCCCCCCUCCCCCCUUCCCCCCUCUCCAGUAUUCACUGCCUGAAGAUGAGUGGCCAACCUUUUAAUGCUAUGCAAAAGAAGAUUUUACCGCCCACGCAUAUCGACACUGUUCCUAUUGAUCCCUUAGAAUUCGCGUUUGUAUCUACUGGUAAUAAUUCCAUGUUUAUAGCACACCAAGAGUGUCUGCAAAUGUCUCCAUUUCUUAGGAGAGCCUUGAUUAAAAAGGCACCGUUGCGCACAGAAAAUGUCUGGAUCGAUUUUGAUCCGUCAAGCUUUGCAUCCAAUCAUUUACCACAUCGAGCAGUUUUUGACAGUAAAGACCAAAGAGCUCCCGAGGGAGAUCGCACAACAAAUGGGAUUAGGAUAAUGAUUAGCUUCCCUAAAGCUUCUACCUUGGCUGUUGACAUACUUCUUUCUUAUCUCUACCAUAAACACAAAUAUGAAGGAAAUACUAAUGCCAAACGACCCGAGUUAGAGGUUCCCUCCAGUUGCGCAUUAGAACUUCUGAAGCUUUCUAAUUUUCUUGAGUGCUAAUCCUGCUAUAAACUCCUUCUACUGUUGAGGCUCAUGUAUUGGUGAUGUAUAUUACUUACACAUUGAGUUCAAACUAUAUCUACAGCAUUGUAGGUGAUAAAAUAACUCUAAUCAAAGGUACUUUGAUUCAAGACCAUUUUAUUCACCCCAAAAGUAUGUGUUAAGCUGCAAGCACGCCAUGUAUGGUAUUCUAUCCCAUAUGGGCUUGGUAAAAACAGGAGCAUAUUUCUAUAUUUAGUCUAUUGAUGUUCUUCAAAGUUUAUUGAAAGAAUAAAAA